UCGAAAAGCAUUUCGAUAGUUGCAUGUACGUUUGUACGUACAUUUAUUUCGAUAAUUUUUCAGCAGAUCCUUAACUUAUGAAUUUUUACAUUACGAUUUCAUAAUAGGAGCUUCCAAUUUUAAACUUUGUUCGGCCGAUAUAAUUACAAAAAAUAACUCUAUCAGCAAUCGCAGUGUCCGAUAGCAUCAAUGAAUUAUUUUGUUUCUACAAUUGUAUAAUGCAAGAAAAGCAAAAAAUUACGCCUGGCUCGCGAUUCUUGAUCAUUUAGUAAAUUUUGCCCUUUGCCGACCGCUGAUAUACUACAUUUGUAAUUAUCAAUUUUCAGUCUGCCGGUUGAGUGUUGGCGCGCGAAGGUUCGUGAAGUGGACGGUUGUAUAAGUUAUCGCAACCUUUCAACAAACGUUUGGCCAAUCGACGGCAAUAAGAACACAUUUCAUCCUCUUGACAAAAUCCUGUAGCAAUAAAGAGUUGAUCCGUAGCAGUUUUUUGAUAAAAAUCAUACUCAAUGACAAAAUUUAAGAUUUUUUUGACAUUGAUUGUUGACAUUGAUCAUAUGACUAUUGAUUCCGGAAAAAUAAUCAGUCUUUUUGCGUUAUGAAAUAAAUACGUACCGAGACGCCUAAGCUACGGCAUUCAUCGAACUUCAUGUGGCUUCCCCAAUUCUACAUUGGUAGCAUAAAAAGUCCCACACACACACACAGAAAAAAAAGCACAAAUCCACUCCACAAUGUGUAGUGGUUUUCACUUUCUUGGAUGAUUCAUUCAGCCUGCCUGUUUGAAAAUAGGACUAUAACGCCAGGUUCGCUUACGGAAGGGAAACGCGACCGUUCCUUGCGCUGGCCUAUUUUUGUUUAGGAUAUAGUUUUCCACCCAACUCUAAAAAGCCCCUUCAACCUGCACCAACCAAAAUGGGCUACGAGAAUGCUAAUUUGGGACCACCGCGUUCUCCGUUACGCCUUCCCGCAUGCCACUUGCCGUGGUGUGCUGCUCGCAUUUGUGGUGUGCACCAUUUGGAGUUGCCCUAAACGGUACGUCGAUAUAUCCGAUAUCGGUGGUAGCACGUUCGUGACUGUGACUUUCCGCAGCACGAGGGGUGCUGAUACGGUGCCGGAGCUGCCCGGGGAUUAGCAGUACGCGGGGAGGAGGCGGGGCGCUGCGCGAGGGAGCAUAAGAAAUUGACACAGAUAGGGAGAGCAUUUUUCUAACCCAACCAGUCGCUGUGUUGUCGUCGUGAUUGUUGUUAUUUUAGCAGUUGCCGGGAAGUUGCCUCGUUGGCGCGUUAACAGAACCGUUGGAAAUCCAUACGAGUGGUCGGUCCCCAUCAGCCAGACCGAUGGGUCAGGGUCCGGCUCAGUUCUAGACUAUCGUUCGACGACGGCGCAUCUAAACGUGUACGGGAAUAGUACAACUCUGCUCAUUUUGUGUACAGGGUUUGUCACUUUUUGUGCUUGAAUUGCGUGUGGGUGAGUCGAGAAAGGUAGCAGCUGUGUCCUUUAACACGCCGCCCCAUCGUGACGACUUGCUUUUACUAGCAGGAUAAGAGAAGGAAAACGGAAAAAUUACAACAAACACACUCACACACACAUACGUACACACAAUCCGAGCACAAAAAGACUACCCUACUCCAGAAGGGCGGUAGAAGUAUAUGCAAAAGCGACUGAAGGGAUACUUGAAGCAAACCCACUAACGAAGCACGUACUCAUCUUCACGGGUCGAUCAAUCUAACGGAAACCUCAGACUGUUCGGCUCGAACGCCUAUUUCGCCACCUUUCCCGGUGUGCCUGGGGGAGGGUGGGUCGGGUUGUUUGGCAACAACCGCAACAAACUCGGGACUGAAUGUGACCAACGAAAUCCUCGUGCCAACGUUACCAGACACCCGCCACACAGCUAUUCUCCCCAUGGCGAGGUAGCAAAGCCAGCGCCACAAUCAGGCGAAACGUGAUCCGAGCGCACAUUUCUGAUACAGUUCCGAAAGAAACCCGAUACAUCUUUCCUCGCCACAAAUUCGGUUUUAGUACACACUGCUCCAACAGGAUAGAAGUGUGCGCGGAUGCAGCGUGGCUUCCAGCGCGGAGUGGAAGCGAGAUAAGCGAGAGUGAUAAGAAAACGACGACACAGUGCUGGAGCAACGCUGGCCACGAUGACAACGACGAUGAAGACGACGACGACGACUUCGGCUUCGUCAAGUGCGGCCGCAUAAGAUACAGUGCUGAAAGAAAGGCAGGACUUGUACCCUGGGCGGAGGCAUACACAGCGUCCCGUAUUUGUGGAGCCCACACGGUGCGGGUGGAUAAGUUAAGGGGGCGUUGGACUGAACUAUAGGUGAAAUUUCCUUCUCGAGCACGGAGCGGGAAUCAUCCUCAGAACUGUGUAACCCGGGUAUCAGUGAGCUUUCAUCCGGCGUACGGUACAGAACGUUUUUCUCUAACGGGUGCUAAAGAGUUUUCCGACGAAACCGUGAUUCCAGUGCGGGUCAGUUUGGUGAGAGUGUGUGUUCGAGUGUCGGACCGACUGGAACGCAGCCGCCGCAGGAACAAUCAAUCGUCGGGUGUAUAUUCAUCAGUAUCGUUUAAUUGUUUAGGUAAAUUCGUUCAUUUAGAAUAAACAUCUACACCACCUGACCCGUUCGAUAUCCUGCAUGAGCAUUUGAGCUUUCCGUUAUAGUUUGUACCGAUAAUAAUCACCCUCUUGAGCUGCUGUUACAUACAUUACAUCGCAUAUCUGCAGCAUAUUAUCGCGAUCGCUUUAUUUGCAUCAACGUCGUCCGACUCCGAUCGCCAUUGCACAAGCGAAAUUCGAAUUCGAGCCCUCCCAUCCCCAAUUCACACAUCUGCUCGCAUAUCGCGUGCUGUAAAAACAAAAAACCCUCCACAAACGCAUCCAAUCACAUCCGGCCAAAAUGAAGGUUGAGAUUCAAAAUCACGUCGAGCAUCUACCAUCGGCGCUCAACGGCAUGACCGUUUCAUCCACCCAUCAUGAUCCUCACAUGCUGGAUGAAACAUGUCUGAUGCUGUCGAAUUUACUGACCAGAAGCAACCGCAUGGCUUCGAAGGCACCGACCAUCUGCGAUGGAACGGCUAAUGCGGUGGAUGCGAAGCUGAGCGAGAUCGACAGGGAGCUAUCGAUUUCGGUUAUCACGGAGGAAGACACCGAACCGGUGCUGGAUCUGCUGAAACGAUUUUUCUUUAAGGAUGAACCGCUCAACACGUACGUUCAGCUCGGCGAAUGUAAGGAGCUGGAAAAGUACUGUACCAAAAGCCUGGGCGAACACUCCUCUUACAAGGCCGUCAACUCACGGAGCGAAAUUGUGGGUGUAAUCCUGAACGGAACCAUCAUGAAACCGCAACCCGGCGAUGAACCUCCGGCCAAGCUGGCUGAUAACUGUGCGCAUCCAAAGUUUAGGAAAAUCAUGGCCCUAAUGGACCAUGUGGACGAGCAGUUCGACAUCUUCGAGCUGUACCCGGACAUUGAUCGAUUUUUGGACUGCAAAAUCAUUUCGGUCGAUACGAACUACCGUGGCAUGGGCAUUGCCGGUAUGCUAACUGACCGCACGCUGGACUACGCAUCGCGGAACGGCAUCAAGCUGAUACACGUGCUGUGCAGCAGCCACUUCUCCGCCCGCGUCAUGGAGAAGAUGGACUUUAACGAGGUGUAUCGCUUGCCGUACGCCGACUAUCUGGUGAACGGUGAGCAGGUGUUCGAUCCCGAGAAGCCGCACGUAGCGCUGCGAAUCCUCACCAAACGCUUAGACCAGUAGCUGAGAUCAAUGAGCGUAAAGGGAAGUUGUUUCACCGUUGUCCAGCUCGUACAUGAAAACAACAAUACACAAAAAUGGACCCACUAGGACAUCGCUGUUUGGCAUGGAGUAAUAGAACCGGAUUUUAUUCACUCAACUGCCGCAAUCGCGCCAUGUCAAUUACUAUUUAACAGAAAAAGGACACACACACAGCAUCCAUUUGAUUCCUUUGGGGUGGGGUAAUGUUAACAACAAGAAGUCAUAGUUGCAUAGAUAUGCCAACUUGUGAUAAUGCUUCUUUUUUAAGUGUGCUGCAUUUGAUCGUCACGGUGGACAUUAACAUAAGUUGGGUGCAAUCCUCUAAGGUGAUGAUGCGAUAAUUGCAACAGUGUUGCGCAUAAAUAUAUGUAAUUGGUAAUCAGAUAAUAAAUAAUAAUUUAUACGUAGUA